AUGCACUUUUUCAUGAUCCUCCUCAAACCUCUUCGUCAGCCUCGUUUUGUUUCUCAGCUUAUGGCUUCUAUUCUCGUUGGCCCAACUUUGCUAGGGAGUAUUUUUUAUUGGGAACGUGAUCCUUUUAGAUGGAUGAAUCUUUUCCCAUACGAGCAGAGCAUGUUGUUAGAGUCAUACGCCAAUUUGGGGGUCACUUACUACAUGUUCUUGGUGGGGUUAGAGAUGGAUCUAUCCAAUUUAAAGCACACGAGAAAGAAAUCAUGGAGCAUCGCCUUUGUUGGAUUUUUUAUUCCAUUUGUUGUUGGGGCAAUCUUAUACUUUGUACCUCUUGUAAAUGACCGGCCGGAACGAGAUCAAAAUUAUGUGGGUGCUCUGUUCUGGGCUAUAACUCUGAGUAUCACAAGUUUCCCCGACGUGGCAAGAACACUUUCAGAUGUCAAGCUCCUCCACACAGAACUUGGCACAAUUGCCUUGAGUUCCGCUCUCAUUACUGAUAUCUUGACAUGGCUAUUUCUUGUUCUGGCAAUUGUUAUUUCAGAUGAGAAUCUUCAUAGCAUAACUUUGUCAUUAGUUCCAAUAUUUUGCUUUAUAACAGUCUCCUUCUUUGGAUUGCAUCCACUCAUUACUUGGAUGUUACAGCAUACCAAAAACAAACAAGGCAAAUUCAGCAAUAAAUUAAGCGAUACCCUUAUAUAUAUCAUUCUCAUGGGCGUGGCUGUUAGUGGAUUCAUCACAGACGCGUGUGGCUCACAUUCACUGGUGGGUGGUUUUGUAUUUGGACUUAUCAUACCAAAAGGAGAGUUUGCCAUUGAGGUUAUGGAGAAAACAGAAGAGUUUGUGAGUGGAAUUUUGUUGCCAGGCUUUCUUAUCUGCAGUGGGAUUAGAACAGAUUUUCGUAAUCUGGUAAAAGAAACUAAAUGGUCUUCUGUUGGGAUGAUCACAACUAUUGCUACCUCCGCAAAAAUUGUAAGCACUCUUGUCGUCUCUUCAUCUUUUCGCAUGUCAUUGAAGGAAGGUUUGACUCUUGGAGGUCUUAUGAACAUUAAAGGUGUAUUUGCACUCGUAGUUCUUAAUGAAGGCCGGAAUUUGAAGACUUUGAAUGAGGUAUAUAUGGUGGUAAUGGUGUUCAUAAUUUUGAUGAUGACAUGUUUGGUUAGGCCAAUACUGAUGUUAAUCAACUGCACCAGAAAGCAUUCAAGUCAUAACAAGCUAAGGACCAUACAGGCAAGUAAGCCAAAUUCUGAACUCCGAGUUCUCACAUGCAUUCAUUCAGGUCAGAAUAUCUCUGGCAUCAUUCAUCUCCUUGAAGUUUCCAAUUCCACUAGAGAAUCCCCCAUAUGUGUCUUCGCUGCCCACCUCGUUGAGCUCACUGAACGAGCGUCAGCCAUUUUGAUUUUGCACGAUAAACUCAAGACUAGCACCACACCCAGCUUAAGUCAAGGAAAGUCACAGCCAGACCAUUAUAUCUUCAGUGCCUUUGAAAACUAUAAGAUCGGCAAUGAAUCAGUUUCUUUUCAUCCACUCUCGGUUUUGUCACCUUACACAACUAUGCAUGAGGACAUCUCCAAGGUCGCUGAGGAUAAGGCUGUGACAAUAAUUUUAAUUCCAUUCCACAAGCAACCAACUGCUGAUGGUGGGUUGCAAGGUGAAAACAAGACUAUAAAGUAUGUUAACAAGAACUUAUUGGCUAAGGCACCAUGCUCUGUUGGCAUACUCGUUGAUCGAGGCCUAGGAUCAUCCAAACUUUCCAAGUCAUUAUCGAGUGACAAAUUACCGGAGCUCCAAUUAGCCAUGCUCUUCAUUGGCGGGCCUGACGACCACGAGGCUUUAAGUUAUGCUUGGAGAAUGGCAAGAAAAGAAGGCGUCAUCUUAACGGUGGUACGGUUUCGACCAAGUAUAGAUGGAAAAAACAAUGAAAAUGAGAGUUGUUAUUCCAUCAAGGAAGAUGAGAAUAAAGUAGAGUUUGAUGAUGAUGAUUAUAUUAAUUUGUUCAGGUUCAAAUCAAUGUAUGACAAAUCCAUAACUUAUCUUGAGAAACGGGUCAAAAGUAGUAAUGAACUUGAGAAAGCCAUUGGAGAACUAUACAGUAAUUUUGAUCUGUAUAUUGUUGGACGUGGUCGAGGAGUAAAGUCACCAUUGACAGAUGGACUUAUAGAUGGGGGCGACAGUCAAGAACUGGGAGUAAUUGGAGACACAUUGAUAUCAUCCAAAUUUACAGCGCAUGCAUCAGUUCUUGUGGUGCAACAAUCUGCUUCAAGUGAAAUAAUGGAUGAUAGCUCGCCGCCAUCAGAAAGCAACUUCAAACAAAAGAAAUGGGCUUCGCCAGUUUUAAAUCCUGAGUAUGAAGCCAAAUACGGCAAAGAACAAGAAGAAAGACUUUUAAUAGGUAGGAUUUGUAGACAUGGACUCCACGAGGAAUCAAUAAAAAUGUAG